GUUAUCUCAAAUUUGGCGCCAAAUGUCAGUAUCAGGUUAGGUUAGUGUGAUAGAUGUAUGUUCGCUCUUAAAAUGUCAUUAUGUGUUUGUUCAAUUAUCUUCAUUAGUUUUAUUGGUGGAUUCUUUUUUAUAGAACUAUGGAAAAGUCCAAAAUUCGUGUGAUUUAUGAAUAUGAGUUCCGCCGUGGAACCACAGUGUCGGAGACAGCUCGUAAUAUCAACGCUGUAUUUGGUGAAGGUUCAACUACUAAAGCAACGGUGGGCAAUUGGUUCAAAAACUUCAGAGAUGGAGAUUUCAGCCUCGCUAAUGAGCCACGUGGAAGACCAAAGACGAAGGUGGAUAAUGAUCACUUGAGAGCCGUAGUAGAGUCUGAUCCAUCUCAAAGUACACGUAAAUUGGCAUCGAUAUUCAAUGUUUCCAUAUCCACCAUAUUGGUUCAUUUAGCUGCAAUUGGUAAGAUAAAGAAGUUGGACAAAUGGGUCCCGCACGAAUUGACCGAUGCGCAGCAGGCGCAACGUCUAGAGGCUUCCCUUUCUUUGCUUUCCCGUCACAAAAAUGAAUCUUUUUUUAAUCGAAUUGUGACCUGCGAUGAAAAGUGGAUACUCUACGACAAUCGUAAACGCUCACAUCAGUGGUUGAACGCUGAUGAACCACCGAGACAUCACGCGAAACCCAACAUUACACGGAAGAAGCUUAUGGUGACUGUUUGGUGGUCCAGGUCAGGUGUUAUCUACUACAACUUUAUGAAACCUCGUACAUCGAUAACGGCUGAAGUAUAUUGCAAGCAACUGAACGAAAUGAUGCAACAACUUGCUAUUAAACAACCGAAAUUGGUCAAUCGGUCAAUGCCAAUCCUGUUGCAUGAUAAUGCUCGACCGCACACUGCACGACUGACCGUGGCAAAGCUACAGGAGUUGGAAUUGGAAACUCUCCGUCAUCCACCAUAUUCACCAGAUCUAUCACCUACCGACUAUCACUUUUUCCGGAAUUUGGACAACUUGUUGGUGGGAAAAUUCUUCAAUUCUCAACAGGCAGUCGAAACAGCCUUCCGCGACUUCAUCGAUUCCCGUACUCCUGGCUUCUAUAGUAGAAGCAUAGACCAACUACCACUAAAAUGGCAGAAGUGUGUAGAUAACAUGGGCGCAUACUUCGAUUGA